CUUUGCUGCUGUCUUCACCUGGGAUCCCACUGCCAUGGAAAAGCACUUCCUGCUGCUCCUGCUGGGUCUCUCCCUGGUGGUGGGCUUCCUCCAUGCUCUGACAUGUUUGCAGUGUGACUGGUUAAAUGCCGAUGGAGAGUGUGUGAAAGGAGAAAGCACCUGUGAGGCUAAAGAUGACCAGGAAUGUGGCAUACUGGUAGUGUCUAAAGGUUAUGACAUCUGGUUUGGGCAGCAGGAUUGUUCUUCUGGAUGUUUCAAUAAGACUUUCACCCAAUAUAAUAUAACACUGGAUUUUACAUGUUGCCAUAACCAAUCGCUGUGUAAUGAGUUUUAGAGGCUGGGCCCUUCCUUGCCCAGUCCUGCUGCAGCGCUAUUCAUUGAAUCCCAGCUCUGGAACAUGAGAGCAAGCAACCUACUACUGAUCUUGUCUUGAACCCUAUAUAUGGGUCUUUCCAUCAUAUGCCUUAGAUGUCUUUUGUAGUCUACAUGUAUCUUGUUACAUUAUAUCAGAUACUCUGUCA